AUGGUUCAACCACCAGGAUUUGAGGAUCCAACUAGACCUAGCCAUGUUUGCAGGCUACAUCGCUCUCUUUAUGAACUCAAGCAAGCACCACGUGCUUGGUUCCACGGACUAUCCCAGUUUUUACUGGAGCAUGGCUUUACAGCAUCCCAGACGGAUCCUUCCCUUUUUAUUUAUCUGGCGAAUGGGGUUACGACCUAUGUCCUGGUAUAUGUUGAUGACAUAUUGGUCACAAGCACAAUUCUUGCAAUCUUUAUAUGGGUUUUAAUCCAAUACCGUAGAGAUAAUUCCAGGAGAUUGGUACAGAGUAGUAAUUCAAUUUCAUUAGGAUACAGCUUCCUUAGGAGAUUAGCUGGUGUUCCAACAAAGUUUAAUUACAAAGAGCUUGAAGUGGCAACAAAUAAUUUCCAAUCACUGAUUGGUGAAGGUGCAUCUGCUUCUGUUUACAAGGGGAAACUUGAUGAUGGCAUGCUUGUUGCUGUAAAAAGGUUAACUUCAGAGCAACAUGGAGAGAAAGAAUUCCGGGCUGAGGUUGCAGCCAUUGCUAGUGUGCAACAUAUCAAUCUUGUGAGAUUUCUUGGGUACAGUUAUGUAGUUGGAGGGCCACACUUCCUUGUCUAUGAAUUCAUUCACAAUGGGUCAUUGGAUGUUUCAUUGCAUACAAAAGGCUAA